AUGAAUACAUCAGAUAGUAACUUUGAAAAUCAAGAAGACUCUCCAUGCCAAAUUAAGUUUGAUGGAGAGGACAAAUCAUUGGAAAAUCAAGUCGAUGUCUCAGCCAAAAUUACUGCAGAAGAUCUGACAAUGAUCUUGGAAAAAAUCGAGAAAAUUGAGCAGAAACUAGAACGCAAAAUUGAUGAUAUAUCUCUCGAAGUAUGCAAAUUUCAAGAUGCCGACAGCUUUGCAUUAACAUUGUCACGAGAGCAUAUCUCUUUUAUUAAACAUGAAAAUGUACAGCUAAAAGCGGAAAAUGUCCACUUAAAAAGAGAACAGGAAAAUGCUACUCUUGUAAUGUCGGAUCUCAACGAGCAUGUAAAGUUGAUGGGAGAAGAAAAACAGAGCUUAAUUACUGCAUUAAAAAUUCUGAAAAACAAUGAAAUUGAUGAUGGCAUGAACAAAAGAUGGCAUAUUGCAUCGGAUAGAAAACAACAGAAGGUCCCACAGUUCAGACCAAUCGAAGUAUCAACUGACAGUGAAGACAAUUAUCUUUCAACAAACAGAUAUUCGGAACUUACAGAUGAAGCCCUAUUAAUUAAACGAGCAACAACUCGAAGAGACAUCCCAAAAAACGAGCAACAAAUUAAAGUGAUAUCCCAGCCAAGGACUAACCAAACAAACAUGCCGCGGGGUCAACAAUCAAGUAAACUGCCUGGUCAAAAACCAAGCAGACGCAAAAACAAAGCUAGCGAUCAACGGGAACAACCAACCUCGUACCCAGGGUUCUCUUUCUGUGGCCGAGGGCUGAAGAGAACCCUGGCAAAGGCUGCAGAGCAUUACGUAAUAAGUUAUUUUUUCCCCGGGGGGGUUAUCAAUUAG